GCAACGUGCUGACGUGAGUGACACGUUGACGCAGAAGAACAGUGGCCCUGCUGUGUUGUCCUGUAGCUUUGUUUGCUAACUCAUCUCAGCGUUUUCUACAGAAAUUGCUACUUUUCUUGCCGUUAGUCUGGUUUGCGUUGCAGCAGUCGGGUUGAACAGCAGCUGAGAUCCAGCGAAUGGUUUCAGUCGGAUAAUCUGUGCUCGGCCUCCAGCAGAAUGAACCUGGGCUCUAAAAGUAAGAAGCGGGUGGUGCUGCCCAGCCGGCCGGAGCCACCCACUGUGGACCAGAUCCUGGAGGACAUCAGCAAAGCUGCUCCUGAUGAUCCAGUGUUCAGCAUCCUGGAGCAGACUGGAGAAAACUCGCCCCGUCCUGCAGACACCGAGGUGGAGCUCCGGUUCCAGCAGUGCCGUCGGUUCCUGGAGCUGAACGAGAAGCUGGAGGAGGCUCAGGGUCAAAUGCAGAAACAGAGGGAGGAGCUCCAAGUGGUUGGAGAACAGCUGGACAGAGAUGUAGCUGAAGUCAAAGGCCAAACACUCUGACUCCAUACUUCUUGCUUUUACAGACUCUCUUCUUCUGUGUCAGGGCAAUUUCACUGGACUGUUUUCUACUCUGGUGGAGCCUGAAGAACCUCAGUGACCUCAGGACUGAAACACGUGUGAGGGUUGGUCUUGACUAUGGCUGAUUCACAAUAAAAGCCUCCUGCUGACUGACCAGGCAGAAACUUUUGAUGUGAAGCAGCAGAGAACAUGUGCUUUGAAUCAGUAAAGAGUAAACAAGAAACAAAACUGGCAACACAUUUGAAACACCCCUUUGUUUUGGUCUGAUAUAUUUAUCAAUAAGUGAAAAUCUGAGGAGAUUUCAGAGUACCAACCACAUUUUGAUAUGCUAAUAUACAGUAGACAUACCAUGCUCCUACUACAAACAGUAAUAAGUUUUAUUAAUUAUUUUGUACUUCAACUUUUUAUUUGCUGAUCUCAAAAUAAAUACAUUUCCACAGUGGGAAAUGAUGUUAAAGAUUAUUUUCCUGGAAAACCUUAACUGUAACUGUUAAGACAGGCAGAUUCUGCUGUUUGUCAAGUUGUAAAAAUGAGUGUUUGAUUAGAGCUACAAUUAAAAUCAAUUAGCAGAACUGA